UCCGAUCGUUGCCUGGCGAUUGUAAACAAAUCGUAUUGAAGAGCGGUUAGUUGGUCAUUGUUUGAACCAACCAGCCGUGAUCUUGUCUGUGGAGUGGAUCACAUUACGGGUUUAACGAGAGACAUUUGACAGAUACUGACUGACAAUGGCGACGGGGCAUAUUCUGCCCGGCUAUGGGGACCCAGUCUCAAGACUGAGGCGCGUGAAUUCGACGGGGUACCCCCUUGACAGUAACACUCUGCUGCAGAUGGAGGCUAAUUACAAACUCAGGGACCUUGAUUUCGACAGAAUUCGGGCACAGGCGCGUCAUAUGUGGUCGAGGAGGGAUAGGGAACCGACAACCUACAACCACUUCCAUUCAGGCCAGGAACUGCCUCCAGAGGAACAGACAAGAUCCAGACCUACAUCGCCAACAAGGAGGAACAAGCCGCAUCCACCGUCAGUUUUCCUCACCAACCGACUCCAUUACAUUGAAGGCUACCACAACCCGGACACGACGCUGGGGAAACAGUGCUACAGAAUCGACGCUAGUCUCCCGCCGGAAGAGCAAUAUCAACGACGUCAGACACGGCGUAAAUACGUCGCCGACCGCCCAUCCACGUCACUGAUAAACACAUACAAGGAUCAAUAUGGAAUGAAGAAUUUCCUGGAUCCCGUUACCGCCCAGGGAGCGGAGGCGUGGCUCAAGAUAGCGGAUGAUAAAGACAAGGAUGACGUCAUGAUGGCGGUACAGGGAAACCGUCAACAGGAAGUCUUGCAGGCGAACAGAGACGCCCUCAGACAGCCAUCACCGUCCAUGGCCCCACGACCCAACACAGCCUACCCGUCACUCAACAGGUUCCUGAAGUACGCCGGAGCCACGGAAUCUAGCUCAAUGGCUCCUCUUCUGAGACCUCCACACGCUAUCAUUGGCUACAGCGGGGACAUGAGGUCACGUGAUAUCGAGACGACUAGACGAGUGCGGGUAUUGGCUGAUUCUGGUCGCGGUGACUUCCUGCUGCAUCCUGAUUGGCCACCAACCCUACCCCAUCAUCGAGUACCUUGACCGCAGGGAAUCUCCUGUCUAGACCUUACUGCUGACUUGUAGAUAAAAUUGUUCAGUUUGUUGAAAGCAAUGACAAGUAGUGACAUGACUAGAAUACUUAUGAACCCCCAACGUGCGUUGUAGAAUAGUUCCAGGAAGCCUGUAUCAGAAUUGUAAACCCAGUUUGUGCCCAAUCCGUCUUAGACAGACUCCCAGUCAGAACGAACCGCAUGUAUCAAAGACCUUGAUGAACCAAAGACACCAUUGUUGGUAGAUAUUUAGAUUUCAUUUUAUGAGAAUACAAUUCUCGUACAUUUGAAAUAGACAAUACAGCAUUAUACUUCCUCACAUCUAUAUUGACAAACCAAGAGUGUUUUAAUACAUUUACACGUACGUUUCUUUGUUCUUUGAUGAGCAAGCCAAAGUGUUUUAUGUGAUCGUAGGAGAGGUACUAUUGUACAUUUAUACACUGCUUUGUGUAUGCCUUGUUCGAUAUGUAAGCGUGUAUACAGGUAACGCCGAACUUUAAAUCUUAGUCAUAGUGUAAGCAUAUACUGUGGAACUGUCUGACCAAAUUAUGAAGUCUGCUGCAGGACAAUGUGUGUCACACGUAAGGUCCUCAUUGUCACGCUCCCGAAACAUGACAGUUUGGCCUUUCACCUUCAAUCAGCUGAGCGCCCAUGCUUCUUCCGGAAGUGAUGGAAACACACCACGUUAAGUCCUGUUGUUUGUUGUUACUAAUACACCAGGCAACGACCCGAGCAGUGUGUGUUGUGUAGAUAUACCCGGAUAUGUACAAGAACGCGUAUACUCUAUUUAGGUAUAUGCUAAGGCAUUAUGGUAAUAAUACACCCAGCAUUACUGUACUUACUCCAGUAUUACUUACUCCAUGAGUAUUUUGUAGUUAAUACCUU